AUGAAAAUCAACACGAUUAUUUCAACGCUCAAGACUUUUUUGUCAAUUGUACUCGGAGGCCCUUCAACGCCAAGUCACUUUCUCCUUGCUGUUGCUUACGAGGUACCAUGUGGAAAUACUUGCAUUGUUAGAAGCUUUGGAACGACUGUCCUCUCUUCCAAGGAAUUAAUUACUGGUAUGGUAAGUACUUCUCCCGCAAAAAGUAUGAAUACUCUGCAAGAAUAUAAGGACCAAAAUCAAGCUCUGGCUCGUCGUUUAGAAGAGGUCCAAAUGUCAUGA